AUGGAAGCCGAAGAAACGAUGGAAUGUAUCCAGGAAUUCCCUGAACACUAUAAAGUUAUUUUGGAUAGACUGAAUGAACAACGUGAGCAGGACCAGUUUACGGAUAUCACUCUGAUUGUCGAUGGUCACCAUUUCAAAGCUCAUAAGGCUGUUCUUGCUGCCUGUAGCCAGUUCUUCUACAAAUUCUUCCAAGAUUUCACUCAGGAACCCUUAGUGGAGAUUGAAGGUGUAAGUAACAUGGCAUUUCGUCACCUAAUUGAGUUCACCUAUACAGCAAAACUAAUGGUCCAGGGUGAGGAAGAAGCAAACGAUGUUUGGAAGGCAGCUGAGUAUCUGCAAAUGUUAGAAGCAAUCAAAGCACUUGAAAUCAGGAACAAGGAAAAUUCAUCACCCUUUGAAUCAAAUCAAGCACAAGGUAAAAAUAACCCAAAAAAGAGGAAGAUAGCUGAAACCUCUAAUGUUAUCACAGAAACACUGCCAUCUGCAGAAUCGGAGCCUGUUGAAAUUGAGGUUGAGAUCGCUGAGGGCACGAUUGAAGUGGAAGAUGACAGCAUCGAAACACUUGAAGAAGUAGCUUCUGCAGAGCAAUCCAUAAAGUACAUACAGACAACGGGUACAUCAGAUGAAUCUGCUUUGGCUCUUUUGGCAGAUAUCACCAGCAAGUAUCGUCAGGGAGAGAGAAAAUGCCAGAUCCAAGAAGAAGCUGAUAGUGCAACCGAUGCCUCGUGCAAACAGGAACACAUGAAAACACACUCUACUGAGAGUUACAAGUGUGACAUAUGCAAUAAAAGGUACCUUCGAGAAAGCGCUUUGAAACAGCACCUCACCUGUUACCACCUUGAUGAAGGUGGUGCCAGCAAGAAGCAAAGACCUGGCAAAAAAAUACAUAUAUGCCAGUACUGUGAUAAGCAGUUUGACCACUUUGGACAUUUUAAAGAGCACCUCCGGAAGCACACAGGUGAAAAACCGUUUGAAUGUCCGAACUGCCACGAACGUUUUGCUAGGAAUAGCACACUCAAAUGUCACCUGACGGCCUGCCAGUCUGGAGCUGGAGCUAAAAAGGGAAGAAAGAAGCUGUAUGAAUGUCAG